AGACAUUUCAAUGUUUAUGUUAUAAUUUGAGGUCAAAUCUUUUGUUUCACUGUUUAUUUUCAUUUUAUAUUCACUAUUGUAUAGCAUUGUGUGGCUUGUUUGUUUACUUUGCUUUUGAAUUUUAUUGUAUUUUGUCUAAUUUGUUAUCAUUUUGUGUUCAUAAUAUGUUUCUUAUUCAUAGAACGAAGCUGUUUUAGUUUUAGACAACACUAGUAUCGACUAUAUUAUAUUUUGUUAUUAUGUUAUUUCAUAUGUUAUUUAUAUUACGAGUGAUAAUUUUGUUCAUAAAUAUUAUUGUAGUAAAACAUAUCUUGCUGUUAUGUCAUAGUAAAAAAUGGCUUUCAUGUGAUACAAGGUCCCACACAUGUGUUAAACUAGUGCACUCCCUGCUUUUAAUAUUGUAAUACAAACAUUAAAUUAAGUUUUAAUCAUUCCAUUAAUGCGAAUUACUUGAAUUCAAAUUCCAGGGUCUAGUUUUUAUAUUUUCAUUAUAAAUACCUCAGGACACAUUGACCAAUAGGAUGGCGCCUCUAACUGCAAUGCUUCUCGUACGAUUACCAAAUUCUUUAUUGUUAAACGUUGGGAGAAAGGCGACCUCCAUUGGCUUUGCAAGAUCGUUAAAAGUUGUGCAUGGCGAUCUAGAUAAACUACCCUCACAAAUCAAGAGCUUUAUCCUUGAGAAAGAGAAGUUAUGUUUACCCGAUGAAAUCCACAUCUGCGAUGGAAGCGAGAAUGAAAACAAAAGUCUUUUGACGCAGAUGCAGAAAGAUGGAGAAAUUAAACCUUUACCUAAAUAUGAUAACUGUUGGUACGCUCGUACUGAUCCAAAAGAUGUCGCUCGUGUUGAGAGCAAGACCGUCAUAACCACACCCACAGAACGCGAAACAAUUCCCAAACCUCGCCCAGGGGUGAAAGGAACACUUGGCCACUGGAUGUCACCAGAUGACCUCGAAACCGCCAUCGGUGAUCGAUUCCCGGGGUGCAUGAAAGGUCGCACAAUGUACGUGAUCCCAUUCAGUAUGGGACCAGUAGGUGGCAGUAUUUCAAAAUACGGAGUUCAACUCACAGACUCCCGUUAUGUAGUAGCAAGCAUGAGGGUGAUGACACGUAUCACACCCAAAGUAUUUGAUCUGAUUGGUGAAGAUACUUUCGUUAAGUGUUUGCAUUCAGUUGGAUGCCCAUUACCCCUUAAAGCACCCCUUGUAAACAACUGGCCAUGCGACCCAAGUCGUGUCCUUGUGACCCACAACCCCGCUAAGACCGAGAUCGUAUCAUACGGGAGCGGUUACGGGGGAAACUCAUUGUUGGGGAAGAAAUGUUUUGCGCUUCGUAUCGGCUCGACGAUCGCGCAUAGGGAAGGAUGGCUGGCCGAGCAUAUGCUGAUCCUCGGAAUCACGAGCCCUAGUGGCGAAAAGAAAUACAUUGCGGCCGCUUUCCCAAGUGCUUGUGGAAAAACCAACCUCGCCAUGAUGGAACCUACUUUACCAGGGUGGAAGGUGGAGUGCGUGGGCGACGACAUCGCUUGGAUGAAGUUCGACACCGAAGGGCGCUUGAGAGCCAUUAACCCCGAAAAUGGAUUCUUUGGCGUGGCACCAGGAACCUCUAUGAAGACCAACCCUAAUGCAUUGAAGACAUGCAUGUCGAAUACAGUUUUCACGAACGUCGCGGAGACAUCGGAUGGUGGUGUUUACUGGGAGGGAAUGGAUGAGACGCCACCUAAUGGAACCGUUACCUCGUGGUUAAACGAACCGUGGACCACAGAAAGCACGAAACCCGCAGCUCACCCAAACUCCAGGUUUUGUUGCCCAGCAAGCCAAUGUCCAACCAUAGACCCUAACUGGGAGUCCCAUGAUGGCGUUCCUAUUGAUGCCAUUAUAUUUGGUGGGAGGCGACCAAAAGGUGUCCCUCUAGUGUAUGAAUCAUUCAACUGGCAACAUGGCGUUUUUAUCGGAGCUGCGAUGAGGUCUGAGUCCACUGCUGCUGCUGAGCAUAAAGGUAAAGCAAUCAUGCACGACCCAUUUGCGAUGCGACCUUUCUUCGGUUACAAUUUUGGGCAUUAUCUUCAACAUUGGUUAAAUAUGGAUCAAGCUGGAAGGAAUAUGCCCAAGAUAUUCCAUGUCAAUUGGUUCAGAAAGGGCGAGGACAACAAGUUUAUGUGGCCAGGAUUCGGCGAAAACUCCCGAGUUCUUGAAUGGAUCUUUAAGCGUACGAGUUCGGAGGGAAAUAACCUGGUCCGGGAAUCUCCCAUCGGGUAUCUCCCCACCCCUGAUGCCAUCAACACCUCGGGACUUGGUGAGGUUGAUAUGAAUGGUUUGUUCUCCAUCCCCAAGGACUUCUGGUUGGAUGAAACUGAAGCCAUCCGCAAAUAUUUUGAUGACCAAGUAAACGACGACCUACCACCAAAAGUCGCCCAAGAGCUCAGUGAUUUAAAAAGUCGGGUGCAAAAAAUUUAAAAACAACAUUUUUUCUACCAUUGUAUUUUUCGCUUCUUAUUGUUUUGUCAUAAAUGGUCAUUGUCACAAUUUUGUUAUUUUGCCGUGAUGUCACAAUCCGAUAUCAUGUGAUGUCACAAUUGUUUCUCGUUUUAGAGAGAAAAGAAAUUGUUCGUACAAAAAAGUUUUUUCGCGAUACAUUUUUGAUUGAGGGGAGCUGCUGUUGAUAAUUUUACCUUGUGUGACCACACACUCACCUUGUGUGACAUCAUAUUUAGUAUUCAUAGAAGUGAAAGAGUGUGUUGUAUAAGAUGGGCAUUCCCCCGUUAUGAUACUGUGUUUGUCUAUAGGAAAAUUAGAUGAAGUUUUAAAAAAGUCAUUCUGAGAUUUAUUUAAAUUUGUAUUUUAUGAAUAUUUAAAGCAAUUAAACCUUGAUCAUAAUAAAGCUUUGUCAUUGGGUUGGGCGACUAUUCAGGGUAUGCAAGCGGACAGUUGUUCCCCUGACUUGAAAGGAUAAGUUACAUUAAUAAGGUAUAAUUUGUUAAAUUUUUUUUCAUGGUUACGUGGCACUUUGUUCUUCCAGUACUAUUAGUAACUUGUCUCUAGCUAAUGUUUGUUACUAUGUUUAGAAUAUAUGAACAUAUUUGCAUGGCAUUUGAGCAGCUUUUGUUAAUCUACGAUUCUGAAGCUUUGAAUCCUUCAACAUCGCAAGCAUUUAUUUCAGUUGUUUAGUUGGAAUUUAAAUAUCUGUAAAAAAUAUAUUAAUAAAAUUCUAUUAAAAUUCA